GAGAAACCAAGAUGCACCACACCACCACCCCCCCUAACCAUGCGAGAACCAUCGGACUCGGGAGACGGUGCACGAUUCGAUUGCUAGGCCACCGACGGCGGGGCCGGUUCCAAGGCAGAAUAACGGAUCCGGAGAGAGGGAUUUGCGGUGCGGGAGACCAGUUAUAAAGCGGCCUGGAUUCCCUCUCUUUGCUACUUCCUUCUUCACUUACACACUCACACUCACACUCUUCCAACUCACCACACCAAUCACAACACUUACACACACACUCCCAGACUCAAGUCUAACAACAACAACCUUCACAAUGGCUUCCAAGAUCUCCGCCGAGCUCCUCACCCUCCUGGCCAAGAACCGCCGCUCCUACUACCCCCUGACCAAGGACCUCCCCAUCUCCACCGCCCGCGUCCAGGAGAUCGUCAACGACGCCACCCUCCAGACCCCGUCGUCCUUCAACAACCAGUCCAACCGCGUCGCCGUCCUCUUCGGCGCCGAGCACGAGAAGCUCUGGGACAUCACCGCCGAUGCCCUGAAGCCCCUCGUCCCCGCCGACGGCUGGGCCGCCACUGAGCAGAAGAUCAACAUGUUCAAGGGCGCCGCCGGCACCGUCCUCUUCUUCGCCGACCAGACCGUCGUCGAGGACUUCCAGUCCAAGUUCGCUCCCUACGCCGACAAGUUCCCCCACUGGGCCGCCCAGAGCGCCGCCAUCCAGGAGUACAUCACCUGGACCGGCCUCGAGGCUGAGGGUCUCGGUGCCAACCUCCAGCACUACAACCCCCUGAUCGACGCCAAGGUCGCCGAGACCUGGAAGAUCCCCGCCACCUGGAAGCUCGAUGCCCAGCUCGUCUUCGGUGGAAAGACCGGCGAGGCUGGCGAGAAGACCUACUCCCCUCUCGAGGAUCGCGUCAAGGUUUUCGGUGCUUAAAUACAAAAAGCGUCAAAAUCCUACAUCCAAUAUAAAUCCUUACUACGAGAUGACGAACUGUAACGUCUUUCGCAAUUAGAGAAACAUCUGCAUUUGGGCGGAGUUAGAAGAGCGAAGGAAUUCUGGGCCAUAAGAGUCCUUGGAACUUUAAAAUAGAAAUACAAUCAUUUAACAACCAA